AUGCUAAUAACGUUGCGAAGGAGGUGCAUGUGUUGGGUUCCUAUAGUGAUAGUGUUGAUUGUAGGAACCCUUCUUGAAGAUGCUCCUCCGUUUAUGGUGGCGGAAGGCACACCUCGUCGGAUUCUGGUGGACACAGAUGUGGACACUGAUGAUCUCUUUGCUCUGCUAUACCUUCUCAAGCUCAACAGAUCCGAAUUUCAAUUGGAGGGAAUCACGAUUAAUGCAAAUAGUUGGUUAAAUGCUGGACAUGCUGUGAAUCAAAUUUAUGACAUACUUUAUAUGAUGGGGCGAGAUGAUAUUGCUGUUGGAGUUGGAGGUGAAGGUGGAAUACUACCAAAUAGUACCAUCCUCCCUAACGUUGGUGGAUAUCUUCCAAUCAUAGAACAGGGAAUGACAACAGUAGGGGGUUGCAGAUACAGAAGGGCCAUUCCUCUUGGAGGGCGCUUAGAUGUCGAUACAAACUAUGGUAUCAGGAAGGCUUUCCUACCAAAGGGCAAAAGGAGAUAUACUCCAUUGCAACAACCAACUGUUCAGCAAGUGCUGAUUGAAAAAAUAUCUGCUGGUCCCAUAACCUUGUUAGCGAUUGGAGUACAUACAAACCUUGCAAUUUUCCUUAUGAAUAACCCACACCUGAAGAAAAAUGUGGAGCACAUUUACAUCAUGGGUGGUGGUGUAAGAUCUAGCAACCCAACUGGUUGCUGCCCCAAGAAUGCUUCAUCUUCUUGUGUGCCUCGACAGUGCGGUGACCGUGGCAACAUAUUCACUGAUUAUAAUACUGACCCUUAUGCAGAGUUCAACAUAUAUGGAGACCCUUUUGCUGCAUACCAGGUCAUCAGACAUUUUGAUAUGCAUAACAUUAAUUCCAUUUAUUGAUAUCUAAAGAACGAAAUAUACUUUUAACUUUCAUGGAAAUAAACAAUAAUCAUGUUGUUUACCGUAGCCCUUAAUAUCAUGAGCUGACAGCUAGCAGUAUUAUAUAAAACCAUUCAUGUGUUUUCAGCUUAACAGUUUAAGCUUUUUAAAUAGUUGGUUCAUGACAACAUAUUUCUGUGGGUAGUUAUGUUAGUGACAAAAAGGUAAAUAAAUCUCUUUUUUCUAGGUGAUUCAUUCUGGAAUUCCUGUCACCCUUGUUCCUCUUGAUGCAACAAAUACAAUCCCCAUCAAUGAAGAAUUCUUUGAUGCAUUUGAAA